CUACUAGAGAAGUCAGACCUUCAUGCAGUGCUGGCUGAUAAGCUUCAAGCAGAAAAAUAUGACAUGCAGAGCAGACAUGAGAUCAGCCCGGGACACGAUGGCACGUGGAACGAUGCUCAAUUGCAGGAACUGGCACAGCUGAAGAUAAAACAUCAAGAGGAGUUGACAGAGCUGCAUAAGAAACGUGGCGAGCUGGCCCAGUCUGUAAUUGAUCUGAAUAACCAAAUGCAGCAGAAGGACAAAGAGAUGCAGAUGAACGAAGCAAAGAUUGCAGAGUAUUUGCAAAAGAUCUCUGAACUGGAAACAGAGUGCCAGGAGUUGCGUAGCAAACUGCAAGAUCUUGAGCGAGCUAAUCAGACGCUGAAAGAUGAGUAUGAUGCUCUCCAGAUCACCUUCAAUGCCUUGGAGGAGAAGCUGAGGAAAACUACUGAAGACAACCAGGAGCUGGUCUCGCGUUGGAUGGCAGAGAAAGCACAAGAAGCCAAUCGUUUGAAUGCAGAAAAUGAAAAGGAUUCAAGGAGACGACAAGCCAGGCUGCAGAAGGAGCUAGCAGAAGCUGCCAAAGAGCCCCUGCCUGUUGAACCGGAUGAUGAUAUCGAAGUGCUUGCAGAUGAAACCUCUGACACAGCUGAGGAAACAUCUCCAGUGCGGAAUGUCAGCCGAACGUCCAGUAAGCGACUCUCCCAACCAGCUGGAGGCCUUCUGGACUCUAUCACUAAUAUCUUUGGGAGGCGUUCUUUGUCCUCGUUCCCUGCUCCCCAGGAUAAUGUAGAGCCACAUCCAGGUGCCAGUAAAGAAGUGAGAGUGCCCACUACUGCCAUAUGUGUCUUUGACGCACAUGAUGGGGAGGUGAAUGCUGUGCAGUUCAGCCCUGGCUCCCGGUUACUCGCAACAGGAGGCAUGGACCGGAGGGUUAAGCUUUGGGAAGUCUUGGGAGAUAGGUGUGAGCCCAAAGGUUCCCUCUCCGGUAGUAAUGCUGGGAUUACAAGCAUAGAAUUUGAUAGUGCCGGUUCUUACCUCUUAGCAGCUUCAAAUGACUUUGCCAGCAGAAUCUGGACGGUUGAUGACAAUCGAUUACGGCACACCCUGACAGGUCACAGCGGUAAAGUUCUGUCGGCCAAGUUCUUGCUGGACAAUGCACGCAUUGUUUCGGGAAGUCACGACCGGACCCUCAAGCUCUGGGACCUCCGCAGCAAAGUUUGUAUAAAAACAGUGUUUGCAGGAUCUAGCUGCAAUGACAUCGUAUGUACUGAGCAGUGUGUAAUGAGUGGACAUUUUGAUAAGAAAAUCCGUUUCUGGGAUAUCAGGACUGAAAGCAUAGUAAAAGAAAUGGAGCUCCUUGGAAGAAUCACGGCUCUGGACCUUAACUCAGAGCGAACAGAGCUUUUGACUUGUUCCCGUGAUGAUCUACUAAAGAUCAUUGAUCUGCGGGUUGGUGCUGUCAGGCAGACAUUUAGUGCCCAGGGAUUCAAAUGUGGCUCUGACUGGACAAGAGUUGUGUUCAGCCCUGACGGCAACUAUGUGGCUGCUGGUUCAGCUGACGGGGCCCUCUACAUUUGGAAUGUGCUCACUGGGAAGUUGGAAAGGACGCUUGCAAAGCAUCACAGCUCUUCUAUCAAUGCAGUUGCGUGGUCACCAGCGGGUGCCCAUGUGGUCAGUGUGGACAAAGGCAACAAGGCUGUCCUGUGGUCGGAAUUCUAACUCGGCAGCGGCUGAAAGGCAGAGCAUCCAGCGUCUCUGUGUGUGGUGGUGCUGGUCCGUGGCUGAACAGAAUGGAGCCCCGAGCCCAGAUCCAUCCUCGGUCAGGAUGUUAACAGGCACACGGGCUUCACUUUCCGGAGGAAAGUUUAAAGCAGCAGAGAAGGAGCCUGAGUCAGAGACUUCUCAUGGCCGUAACUGCACUGUGGCACUCGGACUCAGCAAGGGAUUGGCUGUUCUGAAUGGAGAAUGCUACUUAGUCAUGCCUUUACAUGCAGUGUCGAUGCACCAAGUGGAGCUGAAGAUACUAGUGGGAUUCCUCACCAGACAGCUGUGCCAAAUACCCUGUCACACAAUGUAUCUACAGCACUUCUGGGGUGGAAAUGUUGGAAAGAAGUUACUGUGUAUGCUGACUUAAUACAUGUCCUGUCUCCUGUGUUCUGCUCUUGUGGCCUACUUCAGGUGUGGGGUGAGAAGGUCCUGAAGCAUGGACAGGUCCU